CCGGGCCAGCGCUGGCGCUCAGGCUUCGGAGGCGGGGUGAUGGCCUCCGUCUCCCACCGAGACGCGAGGGUAGCGGCCUCCAGUUUCCACAUGCCGGUAAAUCCCAGCACCGGAGCGCGGGUCGCCCAGUACGAACGUGAAGACCCCCUAGAGGCCUUGGCGGCAGCGGCGGCGGCUCUGGAGGAAGGCGAGGAGGAGAAGGUGUUGCGGGCCACGCGGGCGUCGGCUGAUUUUAACACCAACUUUUCUGGGUUGGAUGAACAUAUGAACUAUGAAGACAUAGUGCACUUUUCUGAUGUUUGCUACUCUAAUGAAGAGUAUUUCAGGAAACUAGAAGAGCUGAAGGCAGCCCACAUAGAAACUAUGGCAAAAUUAGAGAAAAUGUAUCAAGAUAAAUUAAAUUUAAAGGAAGUUCAGCCACCGAUCAUCAAGGAAGAUGUUCCUAGUAUUUCUUCCAGCUUUAUAUCAGAAAAGAACUCCUAUCAACAUGUUCCAUUAAUGACAGCACUUUCAGAGCCUGACUUAGGCCGGUCCUCCUCCUUGCAUACUUCUUCCUCUGAAGAGGAUGUGCCCAAUCUAGAAAAAUACACAAUGAUGAACUAUGCUAAGGAUCUCAUCAACAACAUGUGGACAGACUUUCGUGUUAAAGAUUAUAUUCAGUAUGAAGAUACUGACUUUCAGGCAAAUGAAAAAACAAAGAAGAAACCAAAAGAAUGGGUGCCCAGGAUUACAAUACCUGCUCCUUUUCAGAUGAUGAUUAGAGAACAGAAGAAAAAAGAAGAGGCCAUGAAAUCUAAACCAAAUAUUGAAACAGUACAUCAGCUGCUCAAAAAACAAGAAGAAGAUUUAGAAUGUAAGAAGAAAUUCCGAGCCACUCCAGUUCCUGUGUGUGUCCUUCUCCCCCUUUAUCAUGAUAUGGUCAAACAAAAAGAAGAACGAAGGAGGUCUAGGAAGGAGAAAAACAAAGAAGCUCUUCUGAACUCACAAAAGCCAUUUAAGUUUAUUGCAAGAGAAGAACAGAAGCAAGCAGCCCAGGAAAAGCAGCUGAAAGACUUUUUUAGAUCUAAAAAGAAAUCAAAUUCAUUUAAAGCUAGACCCAUACCUCAUUCUACUUAUGAUUCAAAUACCAGUGACAAGUUAAAAGAAGAAGAGCAUUAUAGAAACAUGAAGAUACAGCCGAGAUCCCAAGAACUUUUACAGAAUUCAUCCCCUAUGCCAACUUUCAGGCAUUCUAAGGGUCCUGGACAGGCUGGAAAGUCAAGGUAUAAACACAAAGCCAGGUACCCGACUCAUGAUGUUGAAGACCUUCCUGAGAAAUAUAAAACAGGCUUCCCAGGACACAAGGAUUCAAAACUCUUAACUGGCAGUAAACCAUCUGAUCUUCAUACAUCCUCAAGUGCAUCUGCUAAAAGAGAACCCCUUUUGACAGACAUUAGAGCAGAUGAAGAAAAUUUGAAAGAAACACAUUGGCCUUAUCAGUCUCUAAGACACAAGUCACCAGUAAGAAGUACAAGUGCAAAGAUCAUGCCUUGUAACUGCAACCCUCCAGCGCCCACAGUAUCUUCCAGAGGAAGGGAACAAGCCAUAAGGAGAUCACUUGAGGAAAAGAAAAUGUUGGAAGAAGAGAGAAAUCGGAUCCUAACUAAGCAGAAGCAAAGAAUCAAAGAAUUGCAGAAACUCCUGACAACCCGGGCUAAGGCUUAUGACUCACAUCAAAGUUUAGCUCAAGUUUUUAAGUCCAAAGUAAAAUAUCUCAGAAAGAGUGAAAAGGAAAGAAUGAGAGAAUACCGACAAGAAAUAGAAGAAAGAGAAGAAAAAUUAAAAAAGAGGCCACUACUAUUUGAAAGAGUUGCUCAGAAAAAUGCAAGAAUGGCAGCAGAAAAGCAUUAUUCUAACACCCUAAAAGCACUAGGAAUAUCUGAUGAGUUUGUUUCAAAGAAAGGCCAAAGUGGAAAAGUAUUUGAAAAGUUCGACAAUCAAGAGAUGAAAAGUUCCACUGAAGAUAAAGAAAGCUUUAAUGAAGAAGAAAAAAUAGAAGAGAGACAGAAUGAAAAAGAAAAUUAUUUUAUUGAUACCAGCAGCCAGGAUUCUUGCAAGGAAGAAAACAAAAAUGAUGAAGAAAGUGCAGAAGAAAACUCUGUCGAAGAACAAAACUGAAUCAGCAAGGUCUACCCUCUGUGCCCUUGUGAUUGUUUGUGGCAUCAGAAUGUCAGCAGCUGCACUUGUGAUGUUGAGAACAUCUGUGGGACACCUUUGAUAGUGCAGGGCUGUUGAACAAAGCCUGAAAAGGCUGAAUCCAUCUGAGUGGUGAUAAUUUGGUCAAUUAGAGUAAGGCUUUGCCUAUUUAGAUUUUUUAAAUUGCUACUUAUGGUCUGUUUGCAACUACGAUCUUGUAUUUUUAAGAAGUAUUUGGGGGAAAAAAAAGGUUUGAGAAUCACAGCUGUUACAAAUUGAUUAGUUAUAAAAAUAUACAUUAUUAUAUUUGG